GUUAAACUAUGAACUCACGCGAAGCACCGGCAUCCAUCACUGCUAUUCGUAAUCCAAACAGUUUGUUGGCCAGCAUGCCUCCCAGACCUGCUUUGUCAGACGCUGCGCUGUUCUCCGUCGUACUGACUAUUCGUGAAACUGGACGUCGCCUCGGUAUGAGUGAUUGCGCUGUAGCCACUGCGUGCACUAUUCUGCAUCGGGCAUUGCGCGUUCUCACGACGGGAGACGAGCAACCGGACACCAGCAAGCCUUCUUCCACCAUGAAUGGAGAUACAGAUACGAGUCCGGAUGCAAUCGAUCACUCGUUCCGACACAGCCUCGGCGAUAUUGAUCCUUACACUAUCGCGAUGGCCUCGAUCAGUUUAGGUGGCAAAGUGCAGGAAGAGCAUCAGCGCCUCCGGGACGUCAUUGUGGCCUUCUACCGUAGUUUACACAAAAAUCGUCGCCCACCUCUGGACGUCGGGGAUGACUACGAUCGUUUACGUGAGAGCCUCGUCCAAACGGAGUUGUUUCUCAUGCGAUUGUUAGCAUUUCACGUGCGUCGACCUCCGCUGCCUCACUCUUAUCUGGUACACUACCUGCAUUCUCUGCUCCACUGGGUCGGCAAAGGCAUUGCGCAGCCCUGCGGAGGUGAUCUCAGUGCUGGUGCUCCGAUGGGUGCUACCCCUUUGAACGCGGCCACAGUUGCGUUGGCACGACUGCCAGGGUUAGCGUGGUCUAUACUGGCUGAUUCGUAUCACUCUCCAAUUUGUCUAGACUUCUCCCCGGAGCACAUUGCAGCCGCCAUACUUCAUCUGGCCUUACGCAUCGCCGGUGUUGAGAUACCGGGAAACCGGCACUCUGAAAUGGCUUGGUGGCAAGCAAUAUCGGACACAUUGUCUCGGGAGAUCGUGGAGCAGAUCCAGCUUCGCGUGAUGGAUGUCUACGCUAUUGAUGAUCGUAUGAAAUCUACAUCCCAGCAUCGAUUUUCUGACGACUUCUGAAUUUACAUCAAAUCUCACCCAUUCCGUGCAUUGGUCAACCAAAGUCCUACGCGAUUCUGACGGAUUUUUAGUCGUUGCAUUUUCUCAUCCCGCAUGUUCAGCUCCCGGCGAACGGCUCUUUUGUAAUGUUGCACUUCUAUAAAGCUUUUGACUCCG